UCUUUCAAACCAAACACAGUCUAAAGUCCUAGGGGAGAGGCCCCAAAUUCAAAACAAUAAGUCUGUCCUCGUUUCUUUGUGCCUCAUUUGUUAGCCAGUUCAUAGCUUGAUUUGCUUUGCAAAAAGCAUGGUUGUAGUUGACUCCAGAGUCCUGCCUCGCACAUCUUCUUUAUUUCCAGGGAAUCACCAAUUAGGUUCUUCAAUCUCCAGGGCAGGUAGUUUAAGCUAAGACCAUAGCUGUUUAAGGAGUCUUGCUCUCCGAAGCUCUGCAUUUUUUCUCUCACCCUUUUUGAUGGGCUUCCUGACUCUCCAAAAUCAUGUCCUCUGUUGGGCAUAGCACGAAGGAGUGGAAAUCAAAAUGGCAGCUAAAGAUCCUCCUCUAAGCAUUGAAGAAAAAUGCAAGUUAUGUUUUUACGGAAAGCUAAUCACUGAUAAACCAGUCAAUGCCUUUAGGGUGGUGGAAAGAGUUAAAAAUAUGUGGAAAAAAAGGUAAACAACUAUGAUGUUAGGAGGCUGAACGAAGAUGUUCUUUUUAUCAUUUUUAGCCGGGAAAAGGACUGUAAACGGGUUCUCAAGAAUCAGCCAUGGCUGUUCAAAGAUUACCCUUUACUGCUGCAGAGUUGGGUCCCUGAUCAGAAGCCAAGUAAAAUGGUGUUCGAGCUGAUGGACAUUCAGGUGCGUAUAUUAGACUUACCACCAGAAAUCAUGACUAGGGCUUAUGGGGAGCAGUUGGCUAAGCAAGUUGGAGUGCCAGUACCACUUGAUGAGGAUGAUAUUCCAGACAAGAACGCACCGGAAUGGAAUGGAUUUUUGAGAGUUAAAGUCAUUGUAAAUGUAAAUGAGCCUCUAGUUAAAGGAAUUGUUAGGCGUAGAAGGGAUGGAGUGGAGGAAUGGCACCAAGUUCAAUAUGAACGCCUCCCCAUUUUUUGCUAUGAAUGUGGAAGAAUUGGACAUGAGUCGGCGACUUGUGUAUUUGGUUCAGAAAGAGAUCCAAUGGAUGAACUUGCUGAGAAGUUUGCUGCGCAAGCUGUGAAAGAAGGUGGCAUCCCAAUGGACUACGGGCCCUGGCUCCGGGCUUGGGAUGAUCUUGAGGAGGCCAAGCUCUUGAACAGAGGAACUGUGGUGUUGAGUAAAGGCAAAAGCAAGCAGCCAGUUCACGUUGAAGGGAAUGGCAGUCCUGGGGAGAUGAAAAUGCAACCCAGUAGUGAAACGGGCCAUGGAAAACAUCUAGUAAGCUCAAAUGUUCCGGGAUUAUGUGCAUAAAUGUCUUCUUGUAGUAGUUUCCAUUCCAGUUCCAAUGAAGUCGCGGCAAGAAAUCUAAGAGAAAAUACUCUGAGUAGCGGGAACUUCAAUAUGGUUUUCUCGCCGGUGGAAUUUUUCAGGCAUAAUGAGCAAUCCAGAAAUGGGCAUGUCAACAUGGUUAGAACCCAGAUGGCGGGUGGAUCAAGCUUUUCCAAAAUAGGUAGUGUUAAUUAGCUGUCGAGAAAAGAAAACUUUCAGAUAAUACACAAGAGGAAAUCUUCGGGAGUAAUAAUCGAGGAAAUUUCUGUGCAGCAAGUAAGCCCUGAAGACAGACAUUUUGUUUCUCAUAUUGGUAAGAACUCAGAGCAAUGGUGCAACUCCCUAGGGGUCUCUACUAUUGAGCGUGAGUUGGAAGUAAACUCGCAGGAAAAUGAAAGAAACUGUAAGCUAAAACGUCCCAUGUCAGAAUACAAUGGUGCGGGUUUCGGGGUGGGUUUUGUUGAAUCCAGGAAUAACUUAGUGCCAGUUUUCAAAAAACCAAAGUUUGAAUCUGCGAAGCUUUCUGCCAUCUUUGGGAGCAACCGCGAAGAAGUGGGGGAACUCUGUCAAAUGCGGAUUAGCACUGGCACUACGCUUCCUGUUCCAAAGAUGAUAGUUUCAUUUUCACUAAAGUUGAUCCAGUGGAAGGCCAGAGGGUUUUGGAGGCAAUUAGAAAUUAUGAACAAACUUCAGGACAACAGGGUUCUGAAUCAGCUCCAAGAACUUCUGAAGAUGGAAGCUACUUCAUCACAAACACAACCCCUUCUAAUGGGGAGGCUGUCUUUUCUGUUCUUUGGACUCCUCAAGCUGAUUCUUUGAAAUUAAAUGUGGACGGAGCUUUUUUGGCAGUUAAUUCAGCAGCUUUUGGUUUAGUUAUCAGAGAUCAAGGAGGUCUUUUUGUGGCGGCUAAGUGUGGCAAAGCAUCAGCUGUUUCAGCCCUCCAAUCAGAGGCUCUAACUGUCCUAAAUGGUCUAUUGUUUGCUCAAGAUUUGCAGUUUAAGAAGGUGAUUAUUGAAAGUGACAACAAGUCUCUGAUUAACUGGCUCAAAAAGAAAGAGAUUAACUGUCCUACAGAGAUUUCUGCCAUAGUUCAAGACUGCUUAAAAGUUGCUAGCUUUUCUGAAGUCUCCUCCUUUGUAAAGAGGUUGGAAAACAAAACUGCCCAUGUUGCAGCUCAAAGAGGUCUUCUGGGACCAGAGCAAUGGCUGGAUGCUGCUCCUUUUUGGUUGGCUGGUGCUCUUGCUGAUUGGUCUAGUGGUUAACUGUGUUUUUUCUAGUUUUCAGUAGGAGGUAGCUUUGCUGGUUUUUUAUGUUUCAUGUGUUUCUGCUGUUUGUUUCUCUGUGUUGUGUUUUUGUAUUUCUGCUGUUGUUCUCUGGCUUCAGCCUUGCUUUCUAAAUGAAAUAUGUUUAUUACCAAAAAUAAAAAAACUUCAAGGCGGGUCCAGAAUCUACUACAAAGCAAG